UGGCGGCUGAGAAUAUCUCUCACAGUUGAUUUUUGUAGUCGUGUUGCUCAAGUUCUUCAAAAUCGAUAUUUGUGUUCACUGUACGUUAUAACAUGUGUACGAUGAAAAAGAAAAACUUGUCAGCAUCAAUGGUGAUUCAAGUUCAAGUCGAAUUUUUCAUUUUACUUAAAAUAUUCAUGGCCCUGUUCAUCAAACUUAUUUGAUUUUUAACUCUGUCAAAGCCGUGUUUGACGAAAUGUCUGAAAGAAGAUAAUAAAAAGCCAUCAUCUUCUUUACCAUUCUUUUGAAGCAACUCAUCAUGGCCUCUUCAGUUGGUUUUGCACACCCCACUUCUUCUUUGAUCAUUAACAAGAAAGAUAAAAGCCUCUCAGUCGUCCCUUCAACUUCACAACUCUCCAUUUACAAAUGCAAGAAACCCAUUUCCAACAACAUUUCGAUGGCAAUGGCGACGCGACAAUCAGAGAGAAAACCAGCCACCACUGGCUCAAUGAAGAGUCCAAUGACGAUGACAGAGAAGAUACUUGCAAAAGGGGCGGAGAAAGCAGAGGUGAAAGCAGGCGACAACGUUUGGGUGAAUGUUGAUGUUUUCAUGACUAAUGAUAUAAGUGGUCCUGGUUCCAUUGGUAUCUUUCAGAAAGAAUUUGGUGAAAAUGCUAAGGUUUGGGAUCGUGAAAAGGUGGUGGUUAUACCAGACCACUAUAUAUUCACAAGUGAUGAACGUGCCAAUCGUAAUGUGGAUAUCUUGAGGGAGUUUUCUUUGGACCAAAAUAUAAAGUACUUUUAUGAUAUUACUGAUCUUAGUAAUUUUAAGGCUAAUCCUGACUACAAAGGUGUAUGCCAUAUUGCACUUGCUCAAGAAGGUCAUUGCAGGCCUGGAGAGAUUUUGUUAGGGACAGAUUCUCACACCUGUACUGCUGGAGCAUUUGGUCAGUUUGCUACAGGCAUUGGGAAUACAGAAGCUGGUUUUGUAUUAGGCACUGGGGCACUUCUGCUCAAGGUGCCACAAACUUUGAGAUUUGUGAUGAAUGGUGAAAUGCCUGACUAUUUGCUUGCUAAGGAUUUGAUUUUGCAGAUCAUAGGUGAAAUAUCAGUAGCUGGUGCUACGUAUAAAUCCAUGGAGUUUGUUGGCACAACGGUUGAGAGUUUAAAUAUGGAAGAACGGAUGACAUUAUGCAAUAUGGUUAUUGAGGCUGGUGGAAAGAACGGUGUCGUUGCUGCAGACAGUACUACAUUUAAGUACCUUGAGGAUAAAACAUCUGUGCCUUAUGAACCAGUUUACAGUGAUGGACUAGCAAGUUUCCAUUCCGAGUUUAGAUUUGACAUCUCAAAAUUGGAGCCCUUAGUAGCUAAGCCACAUUCUCCAGAUAAUCGUGCUUUAGCAAGAGAAUGCAAACAUAUCAAAAUUGACAGGGUUUAUAUUGGAUCAUGUACUGGUGGCAAAACACAAGAUUUUCUUGCUGCUGCCAAGCUCUUCUUAGCUUCUGGAAAAAAGGUGAAAGUCCCCACAUUCCUUGUCCCUGCUACACAAAAGGUAUGGGUGGAUAUAUAUACUCUCAUUGUACCAGGAUCUGGUGGCAAGACUUGCUCUCAAAUAUUCGAAGAAGCUGGUUGUGACACACCAGCAAGCCCUAGUUGUGCUGCUUGUAUGGGUGGCCCUAAGGACACAUAUGCUCGCAUGAACGAAGCUCAGGUUUGCGUGUCAACAACAAAUAGAAACUUUCCUGGUCGGAUGGGGCAUAAGGAAGGGCAGAUAUAUCUUGCUUCUCCAUACACUGCCGCUGCUUCAGCUUUGACUGGUUAUAUCACUGAUCCACGAGAGUUUUUGCAUUAGACAACAUGAUCUUAUCACAUUUUGUGUGUAAUUUAAACUACUUUUACAUAUACAUCCAAACUUGGAUUCAGUGUGAUGAGAUUUAGAUACAUGUAUGCUUUUUUUUUUUGAGAGAGAGAUGCAUGUUUAUUUUUAAUGAAAUUACUUUUUUUU